AUGCCUCCUGUAUUCCCCCGAUUCGAGCGACCAGUCAAGGCCGUGUACCCCGUGCCUUCCGAAGACCUACCGCACCUAGGGGAGAGCCACAGCUUCAAGACCAUGGCAAUAUGGAAUCGGAAGGGAGGCGUCGCGAAGACCACCACCACUCAUUCCCUCGGCUUCACCCUUGCCUUGAAGGGGAAGCGUGUCCUCCUGGUAGACGCGGACCCACAGUGCGACCUUUCCUACCUGCUCUUGAAAGAAUGGGUGAAGAAUAAGCAGACAUCCGAGGAAACAGAGGCCGGCGAGGAAAAUUACGACCUCUUCUUCAAUCACCAGGUGCCGGGCCGCCCAAACAUGAAGAACAACAUCAAAGACGCUUUGCGUCCGGUUCUUGAGCCUGCUGGCAGCGAUAGUCCAAUGGUGCAGUGGGGUCCAGCUGACGUCACCAAGAUUCCGUUGCCUGAAGGCUGCCAAGGGGGGCUAUUUCUCCUACCCGGACACGAGGGUCUGGUUGACUACGAGCAAAAAGUCACGGUCGCCUACGGGACCAACCUCCUGGUCGAGGCAAUAGCUCCCGGUGCAUGGAAUAAGCUCAUGGCGUUGACCGCGCGCAGUUGCGGGGCAGACAUCGUCCUCGUCGACUGCAAUCCCCACAGGGGCAAGCUCAACAUGCACAUCAUCCUGACGUCCGACUACCUCUUCCUGCCGUGCACGCCGGACACGUACUGCCACAACGCCAUCAAGGCUCUUCCCUUCAUCAUGGCAGACUGGGUCACCACGCGGUUCAACGCCCGCAAUACGGCCAGCCACGCCGGGCUGGCUCGAGACGUGCAGAUUCCAAAGGAUAACCCUCGCAUUCUGGGAAUUUCGGUCAACAGGUACACGCACAUCAGGAGCAAGCCGGCAAAGAACUUCAGAUACUGGAUGACUCGAAUCGAAAGCCAGCUACGUGAAAUCAGCCAGGACAUGCACAAGAUCCAGGGCCUCGCUGGCAUGGCCGGCACGCCCGGCCAACCCGAUACCUGGCCUUCGAUCCUCGCGAAGGUGCCUGAGUUCAAUCAAUUCAGCGCGUUGAGCCACUUCUAUGGCCUUCCCGUGAUCGCCCUGGGUGCAAACCUUAUGAGCGUCUGGGACGAGGAACAUGCGGCGAUGCGAACGUUCACAGGGAAUCCGAGGCGAGACAUGAACAAGAAGGUUAUCUUCUUCCAGGAGGUGUUCAAGAAAUUUCUGGAAGAGAUCGGCCGCAAGGUUCAGAGCGGCCCCCUCCUGGUUGCCCUCGACGAAAUUGACGAUGAUGAAAGCAAGAAUGGCAGCAGCGGAGGAGCAGGCCCCAAUAACGCCUCCCAAGACGUCGUCUACGUGGGCGGCAGCGGAUCUGGCGCUAGCGCCGCCGGUGGCGGAUCGAGCUCGAGAGGAGGAAGCAGCGCCGAUGGGGGGUCGCGUGGGGGGCGGAACGGCCGUGAUGGCAGCGCCAAUCGUGAAAGGGGCACCAAUCAGGGCAGGGGAACUGCUGCCUCGAACAUGACACCCCUGUCGGGGAACAGAAGGGGGAGGACCGGCAGGCCUGAAUAA